UUGACAAAAUUUAAUCUAACAGUAUUUUAGUUACUACAUUUUAAAGACGUAAACACAGUAUAAAGUAUUACUAUCUGCUCAAUUUAUUUUACCUAUCAAUUACGUCAAUGAAGAAAUAAGUAUCGUGCUGAAAGAAUAACUAGUAAUGAGACUUCAAAAAUCGAUUUUCUUCUAGGUGUGAUAUUAUUGUUCAUUGUGCAAGAAUGAAACUCGUAAUCGGGUCCGUGCCUCUUUUAUUUUAUUUCGUUAAAUCAUGUCGAGCAUCAGGAGCAGAUAUUGCGCUCGAUGCGAAAGCUACUCUUUUACAUCGUAUAGACAGUCUUAACUUGUUAAUUUACACCUGUCUCCUAACGUUAACAGUUUUAACUAUAUGGGUAUUUAAGCAUCGUCGUGUAAGCUGGCUUCACGAAACUGGUCUGGCGGUAAUAUAUGGUCUUAUAGUAGGAGCAAUCAUUAGAUAUGCAGGGAGUACGAAUCAAGUCACAUACCUUGAUGCCCACCCGGAGCCCAACGCCAAGUAUAACUUGUCUGUACCACCGGAUAUUGUGCGCUUCCACUUCCCUGACAAAAUCCAAAUAUCCUCAGGAGAAAUACCUGUACCAAAUAAGACAUAUGCAUACAGUUUCCGAGGUGAGAUAGUGAAUUUGGAACAAAAUGAAAUCGACCUAAAGGCAACAUUCGACCCUGAGAUCUUUUUCAAUAUUAUUCUACCACCCAUAAUAUUUCAUGCUGGUUAUUGUCUUAAAAGGAAAUACUUUUUCCGAAACUUAGGUGCAAUAUUGACAUUUGCCAUGGUUGGCACAGCUCUCUCCGCUCUAGUCAUUGGUUCCUUAAUGUAUGGUUGUGUGCAACUGAUGCCGGCGUCUCUCGCAGCCAGCUUCACAUUCCUGGAUACGCUAUAUUUUGGUGCAUUGAUUUCACCCACCGAUCCACUAACUGUGCUUGCUAUAUUUUCACAACUCAAGGUGGAUGUCAAUCUGUAUGCAAUGAUAUUCGGCGAGAGUGUCCUCAAUGAUGCAGUCGCACUUGUACUCAGCGGUGCCAUACAGAACUAUGAAAAGAGGUACUCGACUGAUGGUGGAUUUGAAAUAACGGCAUUCCUAGCAGCAAUCGGAGACUUUAUCGGAAUAUUCAGUCUUUCUCUCCUCGUCGGCGCUUUCAUAGGCUGUCUGACUGCAUUGAUGACCAAGUUCACGCACGUCCGUGAUUGGCCGCUGCUGGAGUCCGCGUUGUUCGUGCUCAUGUCGUAUGCCGCAUUCCUCAUAGCAGAAGUUUGCGAAUUAACGGGUGUCGUUGCGGUGUUAUUCUGCGGUAUAUGUCAAGCGCAUUACACGUACAAUAAUCUUUCGUCGGACUCUCGGAACAGAACCAAGCAAUUGUUCGAGCUGCUCAACUUCCUCGCCGAGAACUUCAUAUUCACAUACAUUGGUGUAUCGAUGUUCACUUUUCCGAAGCAUCACUUCGAUCCGUGGUUCAUAAUUGCUGGCUUCCUCACUUCGACUCUCGGUCGUGCGGUAAACAUCUACCCGCUGUCGUUUCUACUAAAUCUAGGAAGGAAACCACCGAUCCCCAUGAACUUCCAACAUAUGCUUUUCUUCUCGGGUCUGCGCGGCGCGAUGUCGUUCGCGCUGGCCAUCCGCAACACGGUGUCGGAGGCGCGGCAGGCCAUGCUGACCACCACGUCGCUCAUCGUGAUCGCCACGGUCGUGCUGCAGGGCGGCGCCGCCUCGCACGCGCUCGCCUACCUGCGCAUCCCCACCGGUCAAGGUCAAAACGACGAAAGCGAAGCCCUGCCCUACCGCGACGUGAGAAGUCUCUACCAGGCCACGGACACAGGCAGACCGCCAGCUGAUUUAAGUUACGGCCUCCAAAACAUGGACUCCACUAAUUCACCCAGUAGCGACAGGGCAUCUAACGGCCGCAUGGUAGUUAAGUGGGGCAAAGACGAAAAUGGAGUGAUUAUGCCUUGGCAACUAAACUCUUACGAAGAUACUCCACAUAGCGGGGAAGGCGGGGGGGAGAAGGCCAGACUCGCACGUCUCUGGGGCGCGGUCGACUCAAAGUUACUCAAGCCUUUGUUGACACAUGCGCGGCCACCACUGACGGAGACGCUUCCAGCUUUUCUGAGACCGCUGGCCAGGCUCUUAACAACCACAAGGCAAUACACGCAAGGGGAUAACAGCCUCAGAAGAACCGACUCAGAUUCUGACCUAUGUAUUGAUGAACCUCAGCCUGUUCCGACAAGUAUUGACCCUCAGCUAUCUUAUAACAUACGGAAUGGAUAUGGAAAUGUAUAAGCGUUGUAGCAUUAGUGAUCGUCGGCUGUGAUUUAAGGUCUAGAAUUGUAGAUGUACAUAGACUACAUCGUAUUUUGAUUUUUUUAAUAGGAAAAUUUUGUUUUUUUUAUUAUUGCACGCAGCAACUUUGGCCCGGACUUGUGGAUACAAGAAUCUCAGUAGAAGGUAUCACCGGCAGUAACAUAUAAUAUUAAGUAGUUAAAAAAUUCUAACGCUCUUUGUGCCACGAUCUCCUAAUGAAAUGUCUUAAUGAUUAACGAAUGAUGCGAUGACGUCAGAUUGUAUAAUGUAUUUUGCUGUUCUCGGAUUGAUGUAGCUACAAUGUUAAGGGGUCCGCGUUAAGACUAGUGUAAGUAGCGGCCACGCCUACCCUUAGUAUUUAAAGCUUUUGUAAUUUUUUUUUUUGUAUUCUUAGUUGGUCAUACGUACAAGUUGCAAUCCUGUAACUUUGCACCAAAUCUAACAUGUAUAUUAAAAUAUAUACCUAUCCACCCCACCAAACUGCAAUCGUGUAAAACUUCUCACUUAAUAUUUUUAUGGUGUUUAAAAUCAAACCAAAAUUAGUGUAAACAAAUAUUUCUUAGUUAUUAGUAUUUCGCUUUUCAUGUACCUUAAUUAAAAUAUCUGUAAAACUUCAUCCGUAGUAUAUGUGCUUGUUUGUGAUUUAUACAUUUAAUGUCUAAUUAUAACGCAAUGUGCUAGUUUGAUUCACAAAAUUUAGCUUCGUAAUUCAAAGUAUGAAAUUUAUCUUGAUAUGAAAUAUUAUAUAUAGUUUGUCUUGUAAAAUAAAUAAACACAUAAAUAUCUUUUCUUACUUAAAUGUGAUGGUAACAAUAUUAUGUGCUACCUCCAUUAGAAUAAAGUUUUAAAAAACAUGAGGUGUAUAAAUAUAUUUUUUUAUUUAAAAUUCAACAAUAUUUGUAACAAUAUAUGCAAAUAUAUAAUUCUUUCAUAACCAUCAUAUAAAAAAAUAUUUUCUCAAAGCUAUAUUUAUACUUACUAUAUUUAUUUAGCUAUCGUCUAGUCUUUUAAAUAUAUUUCUUUAAAUGAUUUUUUUAAACAUUCAAUAACUUUAAUAAAUUGGCUCUCCAUAAAAUGGGUCUUCAUAAGUUGCUAUUAAAUGGUUGUAAAAUAGUAUUCGAAUUUAUUUUGUUAACAUUAAAUUAUUUUGUAAAUAAUAUCGGAAAUUUAUAAUUGGUCUGCGAACCUGUUAGGAAGACUAUAAACACUUUUCAUUUUAAAUGCAACAUUCGAUAUGUAAUUUUUCCUAGAUAUAAGAGUUUGUAAAACACAAUCAUUGUGUUAUUUAGCUAAUUGCUUACGAUUCUUUUAUAUCCUCUAGAGAUGUAUUACACCGAAUUUUAAAUGGAACAAAGUGAUUCUUAUAUAUUACAUGUAAUAAAAUUUGAUUCUGAACAA